AUGGGCUCACGGGGAGGCAUGUCCAUGGACCUCGUCAUACGUGCGAAUGAAUUUCGACUCCUAUCUGAGACCAAGAGAUAUUCUCUAGAUCAGCGUGGCGGGUGUCUGCAAGAUUCCAUUCUACCUAACCGCAGACUUUGCUACGACGGCCAGGAAAUGAUUUGGGAAUGUUUGUGUCGCCAUAUCUGUGAGUGUGGAUAUGUGAUAGAGCCGCGUGUCCCGGAGGAUUCCAGCAUGGUUUACGGCAAACUCAGUGCUUCGCUCAAGGGCCCCUAG